GGGCGAGCCCACGUGACCGGAGCACCAAUCCAAUAUGGCGGCGCCCAGGGGGCCCCGGCUGUUCUUCAUACCCGCGCUGCUCGGCUUGCUCGGGGUGGCGUGGUGCAGCCUAGGCUUCGGGGUUUCCCGCGAGGAUGACUUGCUGCUGCCUUACCCACUCGCGCGCAGACGUCCCCCGCGGGACUGCGCCCGGAUGCGCGCAGGCAGCCCAGAGCAGGAGAGCUGGCCUCCGCCACCCUCGAACCCCGGCGCCAGCCACCACGCGGCCGUGCGCACCUUUGUGUCGCACUUCGAGGGACGCGCGGUGGCCGGCCACCUGACGCGGGUCGCCGAGCCCCUACGCACUUUCUCGGUGCUGGAGCCCGGAGGACCCGGAGGCUGCGCGCAGAGGCGCCGCGCUACUGUGGAGGACACAGCUGUCCCGGCCGGUUGCCGCGUCGCUCAGAACGGUGGCUUCUUCCGCAUGGGCACUGGCGAGUGCUUGGGGAACGUGGUGAGCGACGGGAGGCUGGUGAGCAGCUCUGGGGGGCUGCAGAACGCGCAGUUCGGGAUCCGACGCGACGGGACAUUAGUCACCGGGUACCUGUCUGAGGAGGAGGUUCUGGACACUGGGAAUCCAUUCGUGCAGCUGCUGAGCGGGGUUGUGUGGCUUAUCCGCAAUGGAAGCAUCUACAUCAACGAGAGCCAAGCCACCGAGUGUGACGAGACGCAGGAGACAGGUUCUUUUAGCAAAUUUGUGAACGUGGUGUCAGCCAGGACAGCCGUGGGGCAUGACCGUAAGGGGCAGCUUAUACUCUUCCAUGCCGAUGGGCAGACGGAGCAGCGCGGCCUCAACCUGUGGGAGAUGGCAGAUUUCCUGCUGCGACAAGAUGUGGUUAAUGCCAUCAACCUGGAUGGAGGCGGUUCUGCCACCUUUGUGCUCAAUGGGACCCUGGCCAGUUACCCCUCAGAUCACUGCCAGGACAAUAUGUGGCGCUGUCCCCGCCGUGUUUCCACUGUGGUGUGUGUGCAUGAACCCCGCUGCCAGCCACCCAACUGCAGUGGCCAUGGGACCUGUGUGGAUGGCCAUUGCGAAUGCACCGGCCACUUCUGGCGGGGUGAUGCCUGCAGUGAGCUGGACUGUGGCCCCUCCAACUGCAGCCAGCAUGGGCUGUGCACAGAGACUGGCUGUCGUUGUGAUGCUGGGUGGACAGGAUCCAACUGCAGUGAAGAGUGUCCUCUGGGCUGGUAUGGGCCAGGUUGCCAGAGGCCUUGCCAGUGUGAGCACCAGUGUCCCUGUGACCCCCAGACUGGCAACUGCAGCUUCUCUCAAGUGAAGCAGUGUCUCCAGCCAACUGAGGCCACACCAAGGGCAGGAGAGCUGGCCUCUUUCACCAGGACCACGUGGCUGGCUCUUACCCUUACCCUAAUUUUUCUGCUGCUGAUCAGCACCGGGGUCAACGUGUCCUUGUUCCUGGGCUCCAGGACAGAGAGGAACCGGCACCUGGAUGGGGACUAUGUGUACCACCCACUGCAGGAGCUGAAUGGGGAAGUGCUGGCUGCAGAGAAGGAGCAAACAGAGGAAACUUGCAACCCCUUCAAGGACUGACAGAGACCUCGGCUGCCCCCAGUGGCAUGCUCCAGAUAAUACUGUCCCUGCUCCUCACUUUUACAAGGGGAUGUGUAAGGCCACAGGCAUGGAUGCUCUGCGCCCACCCCUUGCCUGGCCAUGUACCCAUGCUGUGGCUCAUGCCACCCCAGCAAUAAGGAGCUCUGGAGAGCUUGCACCUGCUUCCCCACCUGCCUAUAUCUGCUGCCCAGAGAGGCCUGUCUCCCGCAGGGGUCUCGCCACUGCCAAAGACUCCCAGGAAGCCACUAGCAAAUGGAACUCUGUAACCCAGUCAUGACAAGAGUGGCCACUCUCCUGGGCUACCUGCAUAGGGGUGGAAUAGAAAGACCCCCCCCCCCCCCCCCGCUGGCUCAGCCAUGGCACACUGCCUUUUAUGCAGCCUCAUCGAUGGACUGCCAACUGGAACUCUGCAUCCUGUCACAGGAAGCUCCUCAUAAGAAGGGAUGAGGAGGGAAGGAAGUCGCCUUGUUUACAGACCUAUUUUUGUUGUCUUGCUCCCCAAAGGAGUUUUCUAACACUUGAAUAAAUUGGGAUACUAAAAUGA